AUGUUUCAGAACACGUUUCAUUUCAUGACGCACCGCGGCAAAAUGCUCAAGACGCUGAACAACAACCAGAACCCGUUCUCGAUGGAUAAUCUGUUGGCGGGCGGGAAAAUGUCGCCCGAACAUUUGGAGUUGGACCUCGGCGAUCAAGCGAAAGAGGAUUUGGUGGAGGACGGGUCGAAACGCGACGGGUACAGCCCGGAGUCUCCGGCGCACGAUGAAGACGGUCUCGAAGACCAACUGGACAGGCUGUCGCCCGCGGAGAAGAGCAACGAGUUCUUGAACAGGUUCAACACGUGCUUGAGGAACAGGAUUUGCUCCAACUGCGGCCGUUUGGACUGUAACUUUUUCCAAUGCCGGUUCGGUAGCGACGGCCUGAUCAAAGACAACAAACCGGUGUUGAAGUUUAGUGUGAGUGCGAUUUUGGGUGACGAGAAGAAGGAGCAGAACAAAAACAUUAAAAAUGAAAAUCUUAUCCACGUGACUCCCCCGAGCCUGCUGGGGCUGACGUCGUACAUCAGCGGCGCUACGACGGGGGGCACGCACUCGCCCUCGAUAGCCAAACCUGUUGCUAGCCGGCCGCCCCAUUUCAACCCCCACAUGCUGCUGGCGGCGCACUGCAGGCCCCAGCCCUACUUGACAGUGACAGCCCCGAUGUCUGGAAACCAGGCGACGGUGUUUCCGUUACCGGGCAGUUUCCCGUGGGCGCACAGCGGCCGCGGAAAACCCAGGAGAGGGAUGAUGCGGCGGGCGGUGUUCAGCGACCUUCAACGGAAAGGACUCGAACGACGGUUCCAAAUACAGAAGUACAUAAGCAAGCCGGACAGGAAAAAACUGGCGGAAAAACUGGGCCUGAAAGACAGCCAGGUGAAAAUUUGGUUUCAAAAUAGACGAAUGAAGUGGAGGAAUUCGAAGGAACGCGAGCUGCUCGCUGCAGGAGGCUCGAGGGAGCAGACCUUGCCCAACAAAAACAACCCGCAUCCCGAUCUGAGCGACGCUGACGGCGACCGACCGAAGCUCGACCUCACCGACGUCCAGGACAUUUCGCCGGCGAGUUCGCCUUCGGAACGUCAAGCGGCGCCGCAAGAGGUCGCUGUCAACUUACAACAUGCUGCACACGCGUACCAGAUGAGCUACGACGGCAUAGACUACGACAGUUCGAAUGACAGCGACGAGGAGAUAAACGUUACUUGAUUCUACGUCGAAAAAAGCCGCCGCCGGGCGGUUUAAACGCGUUUUCGACGAUACGGCGUCGUGACGGCCGGUAUAGACAGACCUGACGAGGUUAAUGUGCGUGUACCUAAACUGCUUCGUUUUCUUACGUCGCGCAAACCGCGACGCCCGAUAUCGCACUUUGUACAUAUACCUGCCGGAA